CCCGAAGAUCCCAGCCCAUCCGCGGCUGGGAGAGGGUGAGAGGGGCCAGCAGGCCCAGAGCAGCUGUGGCAGAGCUCGGACUGUCCCAUCGGCCCCUUAUAGAGGCGCUGAGAGCGAAUGGGCAACCAGAAAGCAAUGAUGAAAGCAGGGCCGUAAAGGGGGCGGAGCCGGAUCUGACACUCAGUGGCUGCAGCAGCUGGGCCACCUCCAGGAGCACAAACGCAGGAAGCAGCUGGGCAGGCAACAGGGAGCCACACAGCUGCCAUGGAGGUGAGGGUCGGGAACAGGUACCUGCUGGGACACAAGAUCGGCAGCGGCUCCUUCGGAGAAGUCUAUCUAGGUACGGACAUUGCUACCGGAGAAGAAGUUGCCAUCAAGCUUGAAAGUGUUAAAGCCAAACAUCCUCAACUCCACAUUGAGAGCAAGAUCUACAAAACGAUGCAGGGAGCAGUGGGCAUACCUACCAUCAGAUGGGGUGGGUCUGAAGGAGACUACAAUGCCAUAGUGAUGGAGCUACUAGGACCGAGCCUAGAAGACCUCUUCAACUUCUGUUCAAGGAAGUUUAGUCUCAAAACUGUCCUAUUGCUUGCUGACCAAAUGAUAAGUCGUAUUGAGUACAUUCAUUCGAAGAAUUAUAUCCACCGAGAUGUGAAGCCAGAAAACUUCCUCAUGGGGCGGGGAAAGAAAGGCAACCUGGUCCACAUCAUUGACUUUGGUCUGGCCAAGAAGUACCGAGAUGCCCGCACCCACCAGCAUAUCCCUUAUCGAGAGAGCAAGAACCUCACGGGUACGGUGCGCUAUGCCUCCAUCAACAUGCACCUUGGCAUUGAAUUGUCUCGAAGGGAUGAUUUGGAAUCCCUGGGGUACGUGAUGAUGUACUUCAACCUGGGCUCUCUCCCCUGGCAGGGGCUGAAGGCUGCCACCAAGAGGCAGAAGUAUGAGAGGAUCACUGAGAAGAAGAUGUCCACCCCCGUUGAAGUGCUGUGCAGGGGCUAUCCAUCUGAAUUUGCCACAUACCUGAAUUUCUGCCGUUCCUUACAUUUUGAAGACAAACCUGACUACUCCUACCUAAGACACCUCUUCAGAAAUGUAUUCCAUCGCCAGGGCUUCUCCUAUGACUACGUGUUCGACUGGAACAUGCUCAAAUCUGGUGCCAGCCGAGGUGCAGAUGAUGCCGAGCAGGAACGCCGGGACAGAGAGGAGCGAUUAAGACACUCGCAGAAUCCAGCCACCAGUGGCCUCCCUUCUACAGCUUCUUGCCGUCUUCGGGGAACUCAGGAAGUGGUUCGCCCAACGGCGCUUAUCCAUACCUCACACAUGGCCAACACCUGUCCUAGGCCCAUCUCUGGCAUGGAACGAGAACGGAAAGUGAGCAUGCGGCAGCACCGUGGGGCACCAGUCAAUGUCUCCUCAUCUGAUCUCAGGGGCCAACAAGAUACCUCUCGCAGGUCCGCCUCACAGGUUCCCGGUCGAGGGUCUUCCAGAGGUCGUCAGUCUGUCGUACACCAAUGAGAAGUCUCCUUUUUGCUGUGAAGGGCAGACAGUGCAUGGCUGAUCUACUCUGUUAACAAUGGCUUUACUAGUGACAUGCCCUCCCCUCUCCCCCCCCCUCCUUCUAAACCUGAAAUGUUAACACCAGGAGCACUCCAGGCCACUUACCCAGUGAUGCUCAUGGGGAAUCAAAACACAAACUAAAUGGACAGGCUCCAAGAGGUGCCAUCGCCAGGGGCUACACCGUGACCCCAUGUGAGCUCAGUUAUCAUGGGGCUGGAACUAACAGCAGAGGCUGGGAGACCAUUAUAGAGAGAACCAGACUCCCUGUGACGACGAGCCUCUGAGCUCCCACCGGUGGUGGCAGACCUGCACUCCCGGAUGAUUCCACCUCAGGUACCAGUCUUCUACUUGGUUAAGACAGUUUUGUAUCAUUUUGCUAAAAAUUACU